CGAAGGAGAGCCAUCACAAGGAAAAAACGCGAUUCUGCCAUCCAUAUUCUGUUCCGCGCAGUUUGACAAAGUGAAGUAGAAAUUGUUGCAGCUCUAUUCGUGAUUUACGGCGUUUAUACCGAGGAAAUUGGUGUGGAAUUUUUUUGCCAACGGUUUGUACUACAGCUUGCGACAAAAAUUGCUACGGGACUUCACCGUCCUGCAGCUUAAAAGCUGAAGUGAAAAACGGCCUUUCCAUUUUUUUUGUAAGCUGUAGGUGAGUUUUGUCUAAGCUGGAGCCAUCACGACAUUGAAAGGAAGUAGUUCCGUUGGCGUGAAAAAGGACAUACAUCGUUCGAUACAUUGCGAGUGCUGUGCUCGUCAGAAAACCACGUCCAAGUCUCGGCUUUGGGGGGUUUGAAAAUCCAGAAAUUUCGCAACUCAGCAAUCGUAAUUGGUGUUUUCGGAACCAUUUUGCACAAUGCAAAUCGUGCACGUCCUCGAAAAAACUGUCUCACCAGACAGGGAUGAGCUGCUGGCAGCAAAAAACUUUUUGGAACAGGCAGCCCAAACCAACCUUCCAGCUUUCCUCCAAGCACUUUCCGAUGUGCUUGUAUUUCCCGGGAACUCGCCGGUGGCUCGUAUGGCCGCCGGUUUACAGUUGAAAAAUCAACUUACCAGUAAAGAUGUUACCAUUAAGUUCCAAUAUCAGGAACGGUGGCGGUCAUUUCCUGAAGACGUCAGAGAGUACAUAAAAAAGAAUAUCUUGGGCUCUCUGGGCACCGAAACAACGAGACCAUCUUCGGCGGCACAGUGCGUUGCAUACGUAGCGGUAACGGAGCUGCCUGUGAAUCAAUGGCCAAAUCUUAUGCAAAAGUUGGUAGAGAAUGUUGUCAAUGAGAAAUCCACGGAAAUGGAACGAGAGGCAACUCUCGAAGCUAUCGGUUACAUUUGUCAGGAUAUCAACUCCGAAAUUUUGGAACACCAAUCGAAUCAGAUCCUUACGGCAAUCAUUCACGGUAUGCGUAAAUCCGAACCGUCUAACCACGUUCGAUUGGCGGCUACUAAUGCAUUGCUUAAUUCAUUGGAGUUUACCAAAGCCAAUUUCGAAGAAACGGCCGAACGUAACUAUAUUAUGGAAGUAGUCUGUGAAGCGACACAAUGCAAUGAUCCGCAAAUCUGCGUAGCUGCUUUACAGUGUUUGGUGAAAAUACUCACUCUGUAUUACCAGCACAUGGAGGCCUACAUGGCUCAGGCAUUGUUUCCUAUCACUUUAGAGGCCAUGAAAUCGGACAACGAACAGAUAUCGCUCCAAGGUAUUGAAUUUUGGUCCAACGUUAGCGAUGAAGAAAUUGAUCUAGCGAUUGAGGCCCAAGAAGCUGCAGAAGCAGGGCGGCCUCCACAUCGUGUUUCCCGUCACUACGCUAGAGGUGCGCUUCAGUUCCUUGCGCCGGUUCUAAUGGAAAAGCUUACUCGACAAGAAGAAUUUGACGAUGAGGACGAUUGGAAUCCGUCCAAAUCGGCCGGAGUAUGUCUGAUGUUGUUGGCCACCUGUUGUGAGGAUGAAAUAGUACCACAUGUAUUGCCGUUUGUGAACAAUAACAUAAAAUCUGAAAAUUGGCGUUACCGAGAUGCAGCUUUGAUGGUGUUUGGUUCUAUUUUAAGUGGUUUAGAAACCAACACUUUAAAACCGCUGGUUGAACAAGCUAUGCCAACCCUUAUUGAGCUUAUGUACGACCAGAGCGUCAUCGUGAGGGAUACAUGCGCUUGGACUUUCGGUCGAAUUUGUGAGGUGAUUCCCGAAGCAGCGAUAAAUGAACAGUAUUUGGAAACAUUAUUGAAUGCAUUACUGAACGGACUUAAAGCUGAACCACGUGUGGCCACUAACGUGUGCUGGGCAUUCAGUGGGCUGUCCGAGGCAGCCUAUGAGGCAGCUAAUGUUGACGAUGAUCCUCCACAAACGUACUGUUUGACAAAAUAUUUCGAUUUCAUCAUAAGCAGCUUAUUGGAAACGACAGAUCGUGCCGAUGGAGCCCAGGCAAAUUUAAGAUCUUCCGCCUACGAGGCACUGAUGGAGAUGAUCAAAAAUUCCCCUCAAGAUUGUUAUGUAUCGGUACAGAAGACUACGAUGGUAAUUUUGGAAAGAUUGAAUCAGGUCCUACAGAUGGAAUCGCACAUUUCGACACACACCGAUCGACAUCAGUUCAAUGAUCUCCAGUCGCUGCUAUGCGCAACAUUACAAUCUGUGCUACGAAAGGUUGAUGCUAAAGAUGCGCCUCAAAUUUCUGAUGCUAUUAUGACCGCUCUGCUCACCAUGUUCAACUCUAGCUCUGGAAAAGUUGGUGGCGUGCAGGAAGAUGCUUUAAUGGCUGUAUCCACAUUGGUUGAUCUGCUGGGUGAAGGUUUCAUCAAAUAUAUGGACGCUUUCAAAGAAUAUCUGUACAUGGGACUCAAGAAUCAUCAAGAAUAUCAAGUGUGCUGCACGGCCGUUGGGCUUGCUGGAGAUAUUUGCCGUGGUCUGAGGAGCAAUAUUCUUCCAUACUGCGACGAAAUUAUGACGCUUCUUCUGGAAAAUCUUAGCAAUUCGUCAUUGCAUCGCAGCGUUAAACCACAGAUUUUGUCCGUUUUUGGUGAUAUGGCUAUCAGCAUCGGUCCAGACUUCAAAAAAUACUUAACUAUUGUAUUGCAAAUGUUGAGCCACGCGACUCAAGUACAGGUAGAUCCGAAUGACUACGACAUGAUUGACUAUCUGAAUGAAUUGCGGGAGAGUGUCUUGGAAGCUUACACGGGAAUUGUUCAAGGACUCAAAGGGGUAGACAAAAUGCCUCACGAGGACAUUGCUCUACUACAACCGCAUGUUCCUCACAUUGUCGGGUACAUUGUUUCAAUUGCGAAGGAUACGGAACUGUCUGAUGCUAACAUUGCUAUAGCAGCUGGUCUGAUUGGUGAUAUGUGUUCGGCAUUCGGACAGCCGCUGUUACCUCUCUUGGAAGACAUUCAAAUUCAACAGCUUUUGAAUGAGGGCAGAAAUUCUCGCACCAGCCGUACCAAAACUCUUACGAAUUGGGCCCUGAAAGAGAUUAAAAAAUUGAAAAAUCCUUCCAACGAUGCAAGUUGAUUUCAUCCAGCAUCAAUGGCAACACCCUUAACUACUCCACGACCAACGGCAGUGGUGCCAACUCAGCAACCGGUACUGGAAACACCGUAUCAGCAAUGUAAUUUUUUCUCGUUUCCCAUCGCCUCUAGUUUUCCAAGUCCCUGAGCAACACUCCAGUAGUAGUCUACAGCGAUCAUCACCGCUACAAAUUUUCGAGGCAGAUUUAGAGGUUAGUUCUUUCACAUCUCAGAACAAAGCACCUUACAUGUGGCAAUGCUACCCCGCUUAGGACCCAGAUAGUGUUUUUAGGGAUGAAUUUGGCGUUCAAACAUGUUGGCAAAAUUUAUUCUGUUUCGAUAACCUAUCUGGGCUCUGCGGCUCAGAAAUUUCAAACCAAAAUCGUGUGUCCCCUUUCUUUCUCUUCGUUAAUAAUACUUCUGUCUGUGAAAUGUUGAUCUAUAAGUACAUUCUAAAAAAAAUCAUCAGUUUAUUUUCGAACAGACUAAUGUCGCUGGCCGAUCCAGAUCACUGGGCAGGGGAGUUAGCUAUUGCACGUCACAGUUAAUCGUGUGCGGGCUGCGCACCAUUAAUAAACUUGUAAAAUUAUUCUCUAUAAGCUAAUUAACGUAAAUUAAUUAUUCAAAUCUAAGUAAACAAAACCCGAACCUAGAGCAAGCGAUUGCUGUAAGAAAUAUAUAAAUAAUACAAAUUUUUCUCGUAAACAUUUUCCCCAUUCAGGAAUGAUAGUGGAAGCGUGUGUGCCAUAGUGAAAAUACUGGAAUGAGACUAUUAAUGAGAGAAUGCUUCAAUGCUAAUAUGGAAAAAUGAAAUUGUUUUAUGUAGCUAUUCAAUGAUAAAUUUCUGGAAAAUGUUUCUCUUUCACCGUGGCACCCGUUUUACUCUGAACUAAGUAAAGAAGCAGAAACAAUCUAUAACUGCAAAAAGGCUUUGAGCCUACAUGAUGAACUCUUCUACAUAAAGGUACACAUAUAAGUCACCCAUAACGAAACAAAAAAAAAAUGAUUAAAACAGAUUUAGCACUUAAACACGAACAUCUCUGUACAGUAAGAAAUCCUUAACACGGAAAAAUAUUUAAUUAACUAUACAAUAACAUGGAAGCGUCAUACCACCAAGUGAACAACAAUUUGAAAGUGAAUGAAACUGUUCUGAUUCGAAAAAAAAUAAAACAAUUUGGCAUUUACAAAGAACGAAAUUGCGAGUUGAUGUUUUUUUUUUAAACAUUUAUCCGACUUUUAAAAAUAGAUAACAUUCAUGAAUAAAGAACAGUUUCUGAAACUUUAAUGAUCCUCUUUCUCUGCACUUGAAUUUUGUUCAGUCAAAACUUAACCAGGAGAAUAAAAUAAGAGAGAACAGAAAUUCAAUUGCAUAAAACAAAAAGAUAGGAAAAAAUCAAAGAAGCAGUGUAGAUUGAUCAUUAUUGAAAAUGAAAAUACAUAAAAUUAAGGUAAAAAAAAAACAAAAAAAAAACAGGCAAAGUCAUGUUACUGAACAGAUAAAAAAAAAAAGAUUUGGUGUAUGUGCGAUGGUUGGAGUGGUUGCAAGUGUUUGAUGACUAAUUUAGAAUGAGAACAGUUUAUGUUAACUUUUAAGAUUUGAUUGUGUUGAGCUAGCUAGCUUUGCGAAAGUGAAAUGGGUUCGUCCAAGUUAGAAGCGAACUCAAUAUUGGUAUGUCAAUGGUUGGUGGUGGUAAACACAUGGUUGUAGGCUAAAGGAAUGGACAAAAUUGAUAGAGUGGUUUGUUGGCUUCCAUUUAUGAGCUUUCCGUUAUGUGAAUAAUUUGAAGUUGGAGAAAAGCUGAUAUGAUCUUUAGAUAAUAUAAUGUUAUUCUUCAAUCAGCUCAAGGAAUUGUAUUGUCCUAAACAUCAACAGCCUUUUCUUGAUAAAUCUGAUGUACCCAAUAAAUGCAUUUCUCUAGGAAUAUUUGGGAUAUACUUAUAAAAAUGUUUCUAAAAUACAUUAGAAAUCAGAUUAUACUUACAGCACUUCGGAAUAAAGUGUGACAUGAUAUAAUUUUUAUUGGUUCAUUACUUUUAUUUAUUUUUGUAUUAUUUCUCAAGAGAAGAAUAACAUUUUAGACCCGCGAAGCGAGUGACGUUUGGACCUGAAAUUCAGAUCCAAUCGUUGACUAACCAAAUAGUACAUCAUUUUGAACGGAAUAAAUGCAAGCCACUUGAAAAUGAUACUAAAAAAAACAAAAUUUCAUGAGUGUUAACAUGAUGUUCUGUGUAUAGAGAAUAUGCUGAGAAUGUGUGAGAUUUGCGAGAAAUCUUGUUUACGAAUGUUCCUAUUUGAAAUGGUUUUUAAGGUAAGAACGUGUGUGAAUCAUAUUGAUCUUAUAGAAAGCGUGUUCGAAUUCUGUAUUUGAAGUUAUGGAAUUAUAUCAAUCCGAAUACGGAAGUAUACUGCUGUACAUGUAUGUAUGCGUAAUGACAAAAGAACUCUAACACUGAACACAUAAAUAAUUAAAUAACUGGUUUUUUACUUUACUUUUUUUCCAAAAUUAUCUUGGAUUAGCCAUAGUGCAUAAAGUGCCUCCACAUAUGUUUGAACCUAUUUGUCCUCAUAAUAAAAAUUAAGACCCCGUACCCUAGGCUCUAUUGGGUCACGGCGAUGUUGUGCUUUCUUGUGUUUAUGGAAGUUCACGGUUUGGAAACAAGCUCGAAAACUAACAUGAACCUGACAGGGCGGUAGCACAUAACCUUAUUCGAUAUGAGAUCAUAGAAACAUAAUUUAAAGGUGGUUUAAUAAUUAUAAUGACGUUUAUUUUUCCUUUGAUGAUCCAUGUUGAUAAGGUGAAUGGGAGUUGAAACACUUGCCCUCCCUUCCAUCGGACAAAAAGAGCGUUGCGCAGUGGUAAUAUCACAAUUAUAUAUAAGUUGAUAUUUCCACUUGUUGACCACCAUGCGCAAGUUAGGUCAGAACAGAUAGUAUUGUGAAAGAUAAACAACUGUAAUCAAUCUUUUAGGAUAGUCUAUUUAGGAUACUGGAUAGGUGGGUGAUUUUGUAGUAGAUACCAUAAUUAGUUGAAUGAGAACGUUAACAAUUAAGUACUGAUAUGGUAGAUAGAAAUAGAAUAGAUAUAUAAUGGUAUACGUCUCCCCAAUGCUCUAGUAAGUGUGCAUUUGCGGUUUAUGAAUUUCGGAGGCUUAUUCUUAAACCAAGCAUUUUACAAGAUCUAGAGGCUCAUUGGAUGAGAAUGCUGUUUGAACAGAUUUCUAAAAAAAAUCUUUUUCGUUGUAAUAGGUACUUUUUUUCUGUAGUAGAUUUGUCUGUCGUUAAAUUAUAUUUCAAAUUCAAAGAAGAAAGAAGCCGUGAUAGAAAUGGGUAGAUCUUCUCGUGCAAGAUUUUAAAGUAUCGAAUAGUGUAUCACAUCAGAUCUUGCGAACACGAACGGAUCACUGAUGAACACCAGUGAAACGGAACCUACGUGUUGGCCCCACGGCGUUUAACAAACGUCUUACUGUACAAUAUGGUCCGAAUAGAUUAUGGUCAGAAUUGAUUGUUUGACCUGAUUUGAUUUGAUUUUUCAUACAAUUUGCUUAAUAAAGUUUUAUAUUUUAGGUCCUUUAUUUUUAAAGAAGUUCACUAUAAAAAUCUAAACAGGCUUUGAGCAAAGCAUAUGGUAAGACACGUUCUUCGUCGCAGGUGAGUGUUCUUUUAUUAUUAUUAUUAUUAUUAUUAUUAUUAUUUUUAAUCUUACUGAAAAGAAUAUCAACAAAAAUCAACCUCACAGCGGUGCGUAUGAUAAAUCUAUCAUUUUCCAAACAAUGGUAGUAUUCCUUAGUGAAAACAUCACAAAUAACAGAUGAUGCAUUUUAUGUACUGUUGAUAAGUGUUAUAACAAUCAUAUUGAUUUUUUUUUUUUGAAUUUCUCAAAACUCUGUAUAAUUACUUUUUGUUUUCUGUAGAAUUAUUACGCCAGAGAUUCAGAUAGACAGAUUCUGAUUUUAGUUCUGUUUUUUGUCGUUCUAGUUUUUUUGUAUAAUUACCGAGUUUCCACGCAUUUGUUCUUAAUCUCUUAACAUUGACAUAGUUGGAAACAUUUUUCAUUAGCUAAUCUAUAUUAAUCUCAGUAAAAACAAUCCAAAAAUUCAAAUUUAUUGAAAUGAGUAAGGCUAGGUGACAGGUAGGGAAAAUUCAACUACGGUAAGAUAGUGAACCCUUCUUGCAAUGAUAUCGAGACUUUGGCGUAUGUUAUCAUACUGUUACUGCUCGGUUGAAUUGGAGGUUGGGUUAACUCGAAGCUCAAGUAGGGCCCAAUUGUCCCAGUCCGUCGAGCACUAUCUUAACGCUUCCCUAAACUGGUGCUUCAGAACCCUCGGGCUCUGUUGCCGCUAUCCUACUCUAAGCUAUUCUACUCUCAUGUAAAUUUUCCUCUUCUGUCCCCCGAUCUGUUUUUCCUUUCCGGGUCAGCCAGGUAGCUCAUAAACCCAUACAAAAAAAAAAAAAAAAAAAAAAAAAAAUAAUAAAAAUUAAGACUAUAUGCAUUUUUUAAGUUUUAAGUUGAUUGUGCAGAUACAGCUACAAAUAUACUUAUACUUUUUUUUUUCUUUCGAUGGCAUAGAAUUCUACAUAUCGGAUAUUAGAUACUAAUGCAAGCUUCAAUUUUUUUUUCUUAAAUUGUACACUGAUCGCAGUUGUGACAAAUCGUUAGUUUAAAACGAAACCAAUAGUGACUUAACUCUGACGAAAAAACACGCAAAGUAAUUUGUACAGUAAAUGACGGUACACAAACAUAAAAAAUAACAAAAAUUUACACUAAUACAUGCGAAAAAUUGAACAAAGCUGAUGAAAUUAUUGAACAAUAAACAAUAAUAAUAAUAUUAAUAUAGAAAAGGAAUUUACUGAUGCAAACAAAAUGGCUAAAAUACUUUCAUUGUAAUCCAAAAUUGAUAUUUAAAUUCUUCAAUCACUUGAAACUUGGACAGGAAGCUAGAGACACGGGUGUGCUAAUUAGACUUCAGACAUCAAUGAUGGUUUUUCGCAAUUAAAUUCUUAUUAAGUUAAAAUCAAUAUGCGUAAUACCGAGCUCCAAAACUCGCUUGAUUUAAAUAACUGAUUUAGUCGAACUUAGGCGAGAUACUAUCUAGCGAAUCAAAAACAUAUGCAAUUCUGGUUUCGACUGUUUGGAAAAAUCUAAUAAUUGCUAAAAAUAGCUAGAAUCCGAACUGUAAACAGUAGAAAGUAUUUGCCAUGCAUUAAACACAAUGAAUUAAUAAUAUGAAUAAAUGAAUAGCAAAUUCUGAAAAUUGAAAUCGACUUAACGACACUAUAAACUUAUUACCCACUCAUUGUAAUUUUUAGCAGAACAAACGAGUUCUAAAUAGUAAAGCGAAAGUUAUUUUUCUAUUUUUUUUGUAUUUGAAAUGACAAGCGCAUUUCAAGUUGAUUUUUUAAAUUCAAAAUUAUAUUUAUUCAAAAAUAUUUGUUUAUUAUGAAUUGAAGCUUAGAGAACUAUGUUUAGUCAAAAUAAAACACGCUAAAUAAAAAAGAUAAAAUUUACCGAGAUACAUAGGUAAUUCUCUGCCUCCUGAAGGUAAAAUUAACCUUUUUGAUUUCAAGAGCAGUUAAUUUUUUUUUUCUAUAAAUUUUAUAUAUUUUUUAUUUUGGUUUUUUUUUGUUGAAUAUUCAACUUUGGCAAAAAUCAUGAAUCAAAUUUUAUAUUUUCGCUGUUUAGUCAAGUUAAGCUGUAUAAAAGAGAGCUCCUUUUAAAAACACGCUCUCCACAGCUUGCAAUUUUCUUUUUUGUGGGAUAUUAAAAACGAUGAACUAAUACAACGUAUAAAUUCUUUUGCUACAAAUGGCAAGAACUUUGAAACCAAACAAUAAAAAAUACAAACGAAAUUUGCUCAGGUACAUACAAAGAAACAACACAAAAAGGAAAAAACAAAGACUUACAAAAUUGAAACAAGAUACUGUGAAACGAGUGACUAAAUCAAACCAAAAAAAAAAAAACAAAACAAAAUAAUAAUAUAGAAAUCAAGAACUAAUGGAAUGAAAUGCACUAGACGAGAAGCGGACAUUUUUGCUAUAGAUCGGCCUUGGAAGUGUGGAUGUUGCUAUACUUCUCAUUCUCUCCACGUACUUCUUGUUAAAAAGGAUCAUAAUGAGGAGAGGAAAUAAAAUAAUAUUAUAUGCGAAAGUAUCCUGAUCAAUAAUAAUUUUCGUCCUAUUAAAAUCUUUAAAAAUUUAGAUCAUCACUGGAACCAAAUCUAAUUAACGGUUUUUGUAUUUUUGCUUAAUAUAUCCUAUUUAUAUAUUUAUUUCAAUUUUUUUUUAAAUUCUGUUUUAUUGGAAACAAUCUCAAAUGUUUGUGAAAUAAAUCAUAUUACUUUUGGGAAAAUCUUCGAGAAACACAAAAAUGGUAAAGGUUUCAUUUCAAGCUUUUCAUGCCUGAAAGUAUCAUAUUAUUUAUAACGGUUCAAAAUUAUCUAAAAGUUGAAUUCUUUCAUUAUUAUCGUUUUUAUUCUUUUGUUUUUACAACAUAAAAUAAAUCCUUGCACUAAUGAUACGAAGACAUACCAUUUAAUCGCAUUGAAUUUGGGAAUUUCACAAAGCAUGGAAUUGUCAAAAUUUGUGUUCAGAUUUAUCUUUCGGAGGAAUGAUUCGCAAUUUUUCUUAUGUUUUUUUUUUAAAUAUUUGAAGAAAAAUGGAAAUGGCCGUUUGGCAAAAAAGUGAAAAUCACACAACUUCACAUAUAAAUACUUUUUUGAAUUUUUAGAUUUGUAUUUAUAACAGUGAUUUGUUGUCCUAUUAUAAUAGGUUGAAUACAAAGGAUUUCUUAUGUUUUAAUUUUUAAAAAAUCCGUUAGUGACAAUUCCGCUCAAAAUCCGAAUCUUUCAGCAGCUGGAUUGAAUAGUUUUAAAUGGUUAUAUUGAAAUUUAGAAAACAAGAAAAAAAAUCCAUUAGAAAGUAAGUAGGAAUUAUAUAAACAAUGAACUGCAACUGACUUACCUAAGACACAAACACUGAACUACCAAGUUGAACUAAGAAACAAACAAUAAUGAAAACAACUGUGAUUUGAGGAAGCUUUUUUGGCGAAAUGUAAAAAAACAACAUUUAAAAACAAUCAAACCGCCAUUUGGUAUCAGAAAAUCAAUGAAUAAAUGAAUACUUCUUGUACUGGGAAAAUGUAACAAAUAUACAAAAAAGCUUUCUCAAUAAAAACGACUGAUUUUAAAGGUACAUACCUAAACCAUGAAGAAGCCACGAUACUUGUGACAUACAAAACAUACACCUACACACAUGAGUGAUUGUAAGCGAUAUAAUAUCACUGCAAACUUAAUAAUUCGUCAAAACAUUGAAAAACAAUCUUAUUUUCUAAAGGAAAAAAAUGGGAAGUCUCCAAAGGUUUUUGAACAUGGCAGAAAUCACAGCAUAUAAAACAUACGAAAAUAUCACAACCAACAAAAACAUUAUCAGCGUUCAAUUUUGAAUUUUUUUUUUCGAUAUAACUGAAAAUGAAAAUCAAGAGAAAAAUCAAAUUUUUACAAAGAGAAAAAGGAACUUUGGAGGUUUCAAAAUAAUUCGAUUUCUUACCGAGUAAUGAUUGUGUGCAUAAGAAUGAUUGUGAAGUUUCAUAUGCUCAACAUUGAUGAGACAUCAUUCCUAGCAUAAAUAACCAUAAUUCAUAACAAAUAACGGUAUGGAAGUAAAUUUCUACACGAAAACAUUGGCCAUAAAAUAAUCAGGAUGAAUCAAGUUGGGCUGUUUCCUUUUACUGCUGUGAGUUGGUUAAAAAUCAGCAAGAAUGUGAUAUGAAUGCACGGUUUAUCGGUGUUGUGUGUUAUCUCUACAAGAAACAAAAAUGAUUAUUUGUAAGCUAGCGCGUAUAAUAUUGUUUGGAAAACAAGAAAAACAUAUGCGAUUAUAAAUAUACACGUCUACAAACACAAGACACACACUAUACUUCGAAAUACAUACAUUGUAUGCUUCCAUGUGAGAAACAAGCAAAAUAAAAUGAAUCUAAUGUGCGCGUGAGAUUGCGAGAGUGUAGAAGUUUAAGGAGUAAACAUGAGUCAUUUAGAGUUAUUCGUUUGGAUAGCAAGCCAUUGUUUGAGGUUGUGCUUGCCUGAUGCGCGUUGUAUGAGUCAAAAGUGAACCCCUUGAAGGCGUAUUACGAGUUUUAGUGUGUAAGUGAGAUUUCCUUGUAAGUCUGAUUGUUUGUAUAUUUGAUGUUUGAUGACUGAAUAAAAAUUACAUGACUGCCAAAAUAUCAUCUUGUCUGUUUAUUUUAUCCUAUGGGAACUGUUAAAUUAUUUCGUAAGCUACGAAAUAAGAGUUUGUAUUACGGUCCUUUCUGUAAUCUAUGAACAAGGCGAAAUAAACACAACAUUGAAAUGUUUAAGUGAAUAGGAAUUGGAAAAGUUCGUAUCAGAGCGAAUUUCUUCUUCGGUUGUUGAGACCUUGUCGUUGUAAUAACGAGCGGGUAUUUUCAGUUCAUUUUAGACUACGUAUUAUUUGUUGAGAAAUAAAGAGUAUCAUAUUUUUGUAUGAAAAGGUAAAUAAAUGCGGAAAACGA